AACAAAACGGCCAUAACCUCAAAGAGCCGUGCCGUGUCGAGCGAGAGUUCAAAAAAUUGUGUUAAAAAUUAAUUAAUUUUACCAAUUUUAAUUUAUAUUUUGUUUGUACUACCCAGUACACAGUGCACAGUAAUGGGUGAUACAGAAGAAUACUUUCCUCGUGGUGGGAAGAAACCCACUAUAAAAUAUUUUAAACAAAGUGGAAACUUUUUAGGCUCAGCUGAGCAGGGAGAGAAAAAGAAGAAGAAGCAGAAAAAGAAGUCUGAAGCUGACGAUGGAUAUUUAUCAGAUGAGGCCACAAAAGAUUUUGACCAGUCCUUCAAAAAUUGCGCAGCGCGCCUCACUUACAAGACGAUCAAACCAGGAGUCCUGGUCCUGGGACGCAUUGGUCAAGUCCACGAGACCAAGCUGACAGUGAUGUUGCCAGGCAAAAUGUCUGGCACUGUGAUGGCUUGCCACAUCAGCGAGCCGUACAACAAGCUCUUGGAAGCUUAUGUUAAUGAUCAGACAGACAAAGUAACGGAGCUGCAAGAGAUGUUCCGUAGAGGGCAGUAUGUAGCCAUCAAGGUGCUGGAGGUGGAGGGAAUCAGGCUGAUGCUGUCCAUGAUGCCGCAGCAUGUCAACAGUGUGAAGAAACAUACUGAUGUGCAUAAGAGUGAUCAGCUCCAGGCGGCUGUAGUAUCUGUGGAGGAUCAUGGCUACGUUAUGGACAUUGGUGUUGCCAACACGAGACCAUUCCUGCCUAGCAGCAAUGUUAAUCCUGAUGUGAAACUUGACGUGGGAGUGAUAACGUGGUGCACAGUGAAGUCAGUGAGCCAAUCACAAGACACCAGCAUUGUCACGCUGACCAAUCAGCUGGAGGCGCUGCAGAGAGCUUCGCCCCGAGGCAGCACCAUCCAGCAACUCACGCCGGGGACUCCAUUGCAGUUCACUGUUGACAAGCCCCUCGACAACGGCAUCGAAGGCAGCGUGCUGGGCGGGCAGCGGGGCUACGUCCAGCGCGACCACGCCGACAAGGUCAACGGGAAAAAACCCAAGCUUGGACAGAAGAUCCGCGCACGAGUGUUAUACGUGGUUCCGAUCCGCAACACCCCUUUUCUGACAAUGAGGGACAUCUUCUCCACCACCUUCCCCGACAUGGACGAGGAACAGAAGAUAAAAGAGGGAGACAUAAUUGAGGAAGCACAGGUCAUAAGAAUUCUAGGCAGAACGGUCCACUUUAAAUUGGGCCAAGGCUGUAUAGGAACUAUGAGUUUGCGCAGGAUACAGGUCGACGAGGAAUUGACAGACGAACACGUUCUGGCCAAGUCUUACCCCGUUGGCAGCACUCACAAAGUCCGCGUCGUAUCCUACAACCUCUGCGACUACACCUACACAGUCUCUGACAACCCCGCUAUCCUGAAGGAGAAGUACUUCAGCAUGGACCAGUUAUCUGUGGGACAGCUGGUGGACGGCAGUGUGACACACGUGGCCGACGACCAUGUGCUGCUGCAAGUCGGCAGGGUCACUGGCUUCGUGCCUCAGUCACACCUGUCAGAUUCCGGAGUAUUUGUGGAUCCAAAAAAGUCCAGCAUAUCGAAGUUGUCCAAAAAGAAAUUCAAGGUAGGGCAAUCGGUCCGCGCGCGAGUGUUGGUGGUGGACACUCACAAGCAGUCGGUGCUGCUGACGCUGAAGCCGGCGCUGCUGGCGCCCGAGCUGCCCGUGCUCGGCUGUUACGAGCGCGCGCGCCGCGGGGAGGCCUACAAGGGCUGUGUCAGGAUAAUCCGCAACGACUAUAUGCUGGUGUCGUUCUUCAACAACGUGACCGCGUACGUGCCGCGCCAGUACAUCUCCAGGGAGCCCCUGGGGAACAUCGGCGACGCCUUCCAUGUCGGACAAAUUGUAAAUUGCACGAUAGUCCGAGUGUACCCACAAGAUAAGAAGAUGACAGGCAGUCUGGUCACCGAGCCGUUUUUCGAGAAUGUUCGGGAAAAAGGCGAAAAACGAAGGAACACAAACAGCGAUUCUCAAGACGUUCCAAGCAAAAAGAAGAAAUCUGAAGAAUCACAGACAGAAGUAAAAGAAACUAAGAAGAAAAAGAAACUUAAAGAAUUGACAGAAGAAGAAACUUUGGGAGAUGAAGCUAAAAAGAAAAGAGAUAAAAAAUCAGAAUCAGAAGAACAGGAAGUGUCAGACAGCGACCGCAUUGAAAAUGAUUUUGGUGAAGAGGAAAAUAAAAAAAUGAAGAUAUCUGAUGAAGAAAAAACUAAAGUUUCCGAAGAAAGUGACGCCAUAGAAACUGAUGUAUACGAUGAUAUGGAUCCAGCGAUGACGCCACAAGAGUUAGAACUGAUAGACAUAUCAAAUUGCAACAACAUGAGGAAAUGUAAGAAACGGGUUAUCUCUCUUCUAAAACUUAUCAAAGCUAGACAAAAAAGGAUAGACAAGAUAGAACAGAAGAUAGCGAAUAUAGAGAAGAAAGGUUUGAAUGCUAAAAACAAGAUGUUCCACACGGCUAUGCAUUCUGAAAUAUUAGUAGUGAAGCAAAGAGCUAAAAAGCUGUUAGAAGCUUUGACGUUAGUACAAGAAAAAUUAAAAGCAUUAGGUUAUAAGGACAGAAGCGUUAUUGAACUUUCGAAUGAGAAUCAGGAAUCAGUAGAAACAUCUAGAACAAAGAAAGAUUCUGAAACGAUCGAUGAUUUCGAUGAAGAAGGACAAAACAUAAGCAAAAAAGAGAAGAGUAAAAAGGAAAAGAAAGCAUGUAAGAGUAAGAAAGAAGAUGUUAAAGUGGUGGAAAGUUUGGAGCCUGUGUUGGAAGUGCCCAGUGCUAAGGAUUUCUGGGCAGCGCCUGUCGUUGUGCCGCAGGUGGAAGAUGAUGAGGAUCUCAGCAGCGAUGAUGGGGAAAAAGAUGAACCGAAAAAGAAACGCAAGAAGCUGUCAGUGGCGGAGAAGCUAUCGAAGCUGAGAGAAGAAGAGGAACGGACGCGCGCGCUGGAGCGGAGCGCGAUCGGCCGCGAGCGCCCGCGCUCCGCCGAACAGUUCGAGCGCGCGGCGCUCGCCGAACCCGACGCCAGCGAACUGUGGAUCGCUUAUAUGGCUUUCCAUUUACAGUCUACAGAAAUCGAGAAGGCGCGUGCGGUCGGCCGUCGGGCGUUGAGCACGAUCUCCUUCCGCGAAGAGCAGGACAAACUCAACGUCUGGCUCGCUCUAUUGAAUCUGGAGAACAGAUUCGGAACGAAGGAAAGCCUACAGAAGACAUUAGAGGAAGCGUUACAAAUGAACGAGCCGUACUCGGUCCACAGCCAACUGCUGGACAUGUACUCGGAGACCAGCAAGCAGGGAGAGUUGCUGGCGCUCGUAGACCUCGUGCUCAGGAAGUAUCGGAGAGACUGCAGAAUCUAUAUACAGGCCGGCAGCGCCUGCUUCAAGUUAGGGCUGGUGGACAAAGCGAGACAGGUCAUGCAGAAAGCUGUUAGUGUAUUAGAGAAGAAAGACCACGUGUCAGUGCUGGUACAGUUCGCGCUUCUAGAACGUUCUCACGGCGACCGCGAGCGCGCCGAGGCUCUGUUCGAACAGGUACUUGCAGUAUACCCGCAGAGAGUCGACGUUGUUGCUGUUUACAUCGACAUGCUACUGAAAGGAGGUGACGCGGAUACUAUCAGACAAGUAAUGGAGCGAAUGACAUCUCAGAAGUUGCCAGCAAGAAAAAUGAAGACCUUAUUCAAAAAAUGGAUCGAAGUCGAACAGAAGAUUGGCGAUGAAGAACAAGUGGAAAGGAUACGGCAAAGGGCCAUGGCAUACAUAGAAAAGGCCCAAUUUUAAUCAAUGAUAUAUUAGCAUUUUUAAAAUAAUAAUAAAACUGUUGAUAUUUUA